ACCCUAUAUAGCAGCAUAAAAAUUAAAAGAUUUUUCUUACCCUAAAUUUUCUUGUCUCUCUGCACAUCAUAAUCUGAGAUCUCUUCUGACACCCAUCCAAAAAGAUCCUCUAAUCAAAAAAAAAAAACCCAAUUUUUAUUUUUUGUUAUCCAUUCCCUGUUUGAUCCCUCUGAUCUAGGAACAAACUCUGUCACAUCAAUCUUUUAUGUGUUUUAACAGCUAAGCUUGUUGUUGAAAAUUGACACAAUAUAUUUAUAUUUAAGGUCCACACAAAAAUUUCAAGAAACCAGGUUCAAGGUUUGUUACAUAUUAAUGGUGUCUUGGUCUUGUUGUACUUGUGGGGUUAUUAUAAUAUCAAGAAUUGAGGUUGUGGGUUUUGAAUAUAAACAAAAAUUGCAGCUGAGGUUAGGAUUUUUGAUGAAUAUAUUGUUUGCUGGUUGUUUUGGUUAAAUAUGUAAACACCCCAAAAAGGGAAAUAAGAAAAAGACUCAAACUUUAUCAUCAAGAUUAGAACUUUCUUUUAUACAUGUAAUUUUAUUGAAAUUUGUAAGCAAAAAGAAAAAAAAAUGGUUAAAGCUUGUUGGAAACCUUCUGUUGAGGGGGAUGGUGUUGUAGGGAAAGGGGGUGGACAUCCUAGGGGUAAGGUUGAUGGUUUAAUGUGGUAUAAGAAUUUGGGGGUUCAUGUAAAUGGAGAAUUUUCUAUGGGAACAAUACAAGCUAAUAAUUUGAUGGAGGAUCAGAGCCAGCUUGAAUCAGGGCCAUUAAGUUGUCUUGAAUCAGGUCCUUAUGGAACAUUUGUUGGUGUCUAUGAUGGACAUGGAGGACCAGAGACGUCCCGUUUCGUGAACAACACUUUGUUCUCCAAUCUUAAGAAAAUUGCAACAGAGCAUCAAGAAAUAUCUGCAGAUGUCAUAAAAAAAGCUUUCUUGACAACGGAAGAAGAGUUUUUGUCUCUUGUGAAGCAACAAUGGUUUGAGAAGCCACAACUUGCAUCAGUGGGAACUUGCUGUUUAGCGGGUGUAAUAUGCAAUGGACUACUAUAUAUUGCCAAUGCCGGAGAUUCACGUGUGGUAUUAGGUCGAGCAGAAAAGGCUGCAAGAGGCGUGACAGCUAUUCAAUUGUCAAUGGAGCACAAUGCUAAUAACGAGUCUGUGAGAGAUGAGCUUAGAUCGUUGCAUCCCGAGGAUUCACAGAUUGUGCUUCUCAAACACAAAGUUUGGCGUGUGAAGGGUAUCAUACAGGUUUCAAGGUCUAUUGGUGAUGCCUAUCUUAAGAGGGCAGAGUUCAAUCAGGCGCCGCUGUUGGCAAAGUUUAGAUUGCCCGAAUCCUUCUCCAAGCCAAUCCUCAGUGCGGAGCCAUCAAUUUUCAUACACAGAUUGACUUCCAAAGAUCAGUUCCUCAUAUUUGGUUCAGAUGGUCUCUGGGAACAUCUUAGCAACCAGGAAGCAGUUGAUAUAGUCCACAGUCAACCCCGAAAUGGGAUCGCAAGGAGACUAAUCAAAGCUGCUCUUCGGGUAGCAGCUAAGAAAAGAGAAAUGCGAUAUUCAGACCUGAAGAAGAUUGAACGAGGUGUGAGGAGGCAUUUCCAUGAUGAUAUCUCGGUUGUGGUUGUGUUUCUUGAUCCUUAUUCCAUGAAUAGAAGCUCGUCUCACGGUCCAAUACUUUCCAUUAGAGGAGGAGGUGGUAGUAUGCCCGCCUCUCCCAAACGAUAGUUCCCAAGACUCUGAAUUUCCACUCCAAUCAAUCCAACAACAAAAAAAAAGAGAGCUCGUCUUUUGGAGGCCUCGAACUUCUUGUAUCUUUUCUCCUUCAGUUUCUUUAUGAUUUUUUAGGCUUGUAAUUUAAUUGUUAUGUCUUGCUUUCGUCGUUAUGAGCAAUGUAAUGUGCACAACAAUCUUGUGUUACUGGCAACGUAAAAAAAAGAAGUGCAUGAGAUAUUGUGAGAACAACGAUAGACACGAAAAGAUGUGGAUCAAUCUUAGUAGCAAGAAUAUAUCUUCUGCAGUUUUCGUCA